AUGUCCCAACAAGAUUCGGUUAAGGCUCGUGUCGUUUUUGUCACAUGUCCAGAGACCGUGGCAAAAAAAUUAUCUAAAGACAAAUAUGUUCGGGAACUUGCAGAUUAUCUUAAUAAGAAUCAUGGACAUGAAGUUCCUGGAGUCAUUUCAAUUAAGCCAAAAGGCAGUUCUAUUGAGCUUCCGGGUCCAACUCCGUUACCAAUUAUUGGAAAUAUACAUCAACUUGGAGUUGGACGAUCAAUGCACCAGAAUUUCACAAAAAUGUCUAAAUCUUUUGGACCGAUUUUUAAAGUGCGUUUGGGACAAAUUACUUGGAUUAUUAUCAAUGACCAUAUGAUAGCAAAAGAUUUAUUUAUCUCGCGUGGUAGUACUUUUUCUUCGCGCCCGGAAUUUGGUCUAUUCACUGAUAUUAUUUUACAUGGUAGUAAAAGUGUGGCUUUUUGUCCGAAUUACAGCUGGUGGAAAACAAUGAGAUUACUUGAGUCGCAAGCAAUUCGUCCUCAUCUAGUCGAAAAUGUGUAUUUCCCAGUAAUAUGUGAUAACGUGAAACGUUUUAUACAGCAAUUAUAUUUGAAGUCUCUAGGCGAUAAUAUUUCUCAAAAUCCUACUGCUGAUAUUAAGCUUCUUAUUACUAAAAUUCUAGCGACGAUUGUAUUUGGUGAUUUAGCAAAGGAUUCGACUGUUCUAGAACGUUAUUCACAUUUAUCAAAAGAGAUUAUUGAAUUUACAGAUAUCAAAAGCAAUCUAUUGUCAGUGUUUGGUUGGCUGAAAUAUUUUGGUAUUCGAAAAUUCUUAGAACGAGAAGCACGACAACUAACCGCAAAAAGGGACGAAUUCUCUAAUGGUUUAUUACAGCAGGUCAAGAAUCGAAUGAUUGAAAACGGGCCAGAUUCCGAAACUUGUGUUUCCGCCGAACUUUUGAAAUCGGUUAUAAUCGACCCAUCAUUUGUCGCCUCUCCACAUACACAUGAAUUCAAAAAAGAUGAGAAUGGAAAAUAUAUAUUUGACAAUUAUGAUGUGCUACAGAUUUGUAAUGAUUUAAUGAUUGGAGGAACUUCCACAACAAGUGGUUCUUUAUAUUGGAUUUUCGCUACUUUGGCCAAUUAUCCUAAAGUGCAACGCAAAAUUCAACAAGAAUUAGAUAGAAUAGUUGGUAAAGGAAAGUUUUAUGUUAUGGAUCAUCAUGCAGAUUUGCAUUAUUUGAAAGCUACUAUAAAAGAAAGUUUACGAUUUAG